GUAGUUAGCAAAGUAGUUGUUUGACAAUGUUGUGUUAUUGAAUUGUUUUAGUGACUAUUUUGUUAAUAAACAUCAUUUAAAUGCCCUCGAUAGAUGUUAUACAGCCUCCUCCUCCUCCUCCUACCUUGGAGAAGGAGGAACCUUUACUUCAACCAACAACUAAGCCUAUUGUUGGUAUUAUAUACCCUCCACCUGAAGUAAGAAAUAUUGUUGAUAAAACUGCCAGUUUUGUCGCCCGUAAUGGACCAGAAUUUGAAUCUAGAAUCAGGCAGAAUGAAUUGGGAAAUCCUAAAUUCAACUUUCUCAAUACGGGUGACCCUUACCAUGCCUAUUAUCAACACAAAGUUAAAGAAUUUAAGGAAGGAAAGGGAACUGAACCACCACCACCUCCACCUCCAGUGCAACAGAAGACUGUAGCUUCUGCGACACAACUGAAACAGCAAGAAAUCCUAAAGCAGGUCACGGAACAGCCGUUUGUACCAAAAGAUCCUCCUCCAGAUUAUGAGUUCAUGGCUGAUCCACCUUCCAUUUCGGCUCUGGAUUUGGAUAUAGUAAAGUUGACAGCACAGUUCGUUGCUAGAAAUGGGCGCCAGUUCUUGACUAACCUCAUGAACAGGGAACAAAGAAAUUACCAAUUUGAUUUUCUUCGGCCACAACAUUCUCUUUUUCUGUAUUUCACCAAACUACUCGAGCAGUAUACAAAGGUGUUGAUUCCCCCGAAAGACCUAAUGUCCCGUCUAAAAGAAGAAUGUUCCAAUCCUACUGGAGUUCUGGAGCAAGUCAGGUAUCGUGCAGACUGGCUUCACUACCAAGAAUUGCAGAAGAGAAAAGAGGAACAAGCGCUUGAGAAAGAAAGGGUGGCUUAUGCACAGAUAGAUUGGCAUGACUUUGUUGUUGUCGAGACAGUGGACUAUAUUCCAGGUGAAGUAGGCAACUUUCCUCCACCUACUACUCCAGACGAAGUUGGUGCCCGAGUCUUGAUGCAGGAGCGAAUCUUAGAAAAUGGAGGAGAGGAUCUGACGGAAGGAGCAGGUAGCGAUGAUGAGAGAGAGAAGGAAGAUAGCGAAAGAGAAGAAGCAGCUGGCGAUAAGGGAGAUAAUACUCAGGUCCAAGAUAUGGAAGAAGAAUCAUCCAGUGACAGUGACGAAGACGAUGAACAGAGGGACCAAUCUCUUCAAGAAAAACAACAGGCAACACCUGCCCAGAAACAGCAAGCGUUGCAACAAAAUCAACAGCACCCCUCCGCCGAUGGCAAGAAACCCCAACCUUCGAUGCAACCUCCUCUGCCCCCUGCUCCAGAUAAAGUUAUCGUCAAGAAAGGCUAUAAUCCUAAGCAGCACCAGAAAACUUCGAAAGGUGCAGAUAACUAUCUUAUUUCUCCAUUGACCAGUGAAAAGAUACCUGCCAACAAGGUACAGGAACACAUGAGAAUUGGUCUGUUGGAUCCUCGCUGGGUCGAACAAAGAGACAAACACAUUCAGGAUAGAAUCAACCAGGAGACUGUCUACGCAGGAGGUUCUGCUAUUGAGGCCAGCUUGAAACAACUUGCGGAGAGAAGAACUGAUAUUUUUGGUGUGGGUGAUGAAGAAACUGCUAUUGGUAAGAAGAUUGGUGAAGAGGAUAAGAAGAAAGAUGAUAAGGUGACUUGGGAUGGUCACACUUCGAGCGUGGAGGCUGCAACUCGCGCUGCCAGGGCUAACAUCACCAUCGAGGAACAGAUCCACCAGAUUCACAAGGUGAAGGGAUUGCUCCCUGAUGAAGAAAAGGAGAAGAUAGGACCCAAGCCUGUCCCAGGAGCAGGGAGCAGCAGCGGAGGAAAUCCAAUGGCUGGUGGCCCCCAAAUCGUUGUCCAAGCCAAAGCCCCUCCCCUCCCUCCUCCACCGAAGGUGCCUCCACUUCCACCUCCAGCUCCUCUGCCGCCUCCACCGGGCCUUGUACCUCAGCCACCCAUAAUGAUGGUACCUGCACCUCUUCGUCCUCCGCUAAUGGUUCCGCCGGGAGCAUUCCCCGUAGUUGCUGCUACUCCUUCUGCUUUCAUGGCUCCACCAGGAACUGCGCCCUUGCCCCCCGCCCCGCAGCCGCCCCCUCAGGUCACUCAGGUGGGGAACUUGUUAAAGCACGUCGCUUCUGCCUCUGUGGGCGAGGCUGAUGAUGAGCCUAUGACCAAGAAGGCUAAAACAGAAGAUUGUCUUGUACCAGAAGCUCAGUUCCUCAUACAGAACAAGAGCCCUGUCACAUUCAAAGUGAUCGUACCGCUUUUGGCUGAAAAGCCAGAAUGGAAGUUGAACGGCCAGGCACUGACGUUCACCCAUCCGUUGACGGACACCAUCGCCUCUAUCAAAGCCAAUAUUUCUGAAGCCAUAGGAAUGCCGGCUGCUAAGCAGAAGUUACAUUGUGAUGGUAUCUUUUACAAGGAUUCUAACUCUUUAGCAUUCUAUAAUAUUUCUCCUGCUACUGUAGUCUACUUGCAGGUGAAGGAAAGAGGUGGCAGGAAGAAAUAAACUGAGUUUAAUAUUAUCAUCUUAUAUAUAUAUUUUUUUUUUCUGUAGAUAAUAGAUAUAAUUCAAUAUGUUUCAUUUAAAAUAAAUAUAUUUAAAAAAAAAACUAAUAUACUUCUUAUGAACUUAAAAAUAUUUUAAUUUGAAGUUUCAACAAAUUGUAACUCUCUGUUUAAUAUUAAAUAUAUGUAGAUUGUGUGUAAGUAAUAUCUGAGAAUGUGG